AUGCAAAGUUAUGUUAGGAACGUGGUUGAUGAGAAUUGCAAACCACGUUUGGAAGAAAUCAGAUAUUUCAUACGUUCCAACUUCCCAGAACGAGCAGAAGUCCUUCAAAAAUUUCAAGAAAGGAAAGAUUGUCCUCUUUUAUGCACAAAUUUUCUUUUUGAGUCAUUGGUAUCUGGCGGUGGUUCAUUUUUCGCAGAGUUUUUGAUUAAAUACUUUAUUACAAAUUGGGAUAAUUUAGAAAUUACCGAAAAGAAGUUCUACAUAACAGAAAUAACGAAAUCACUCAAAGAAGCAUUCAAUUAUACAUCAUUUUACGAGGAAUCUGCAGUUUCAAUCCAUCAAUUAUAUUCAAUUUUGUUAAUUUUAUGUUUACCAAGAAAUAUUGAAGCCGGAUUUGAGAAUAUUCUUUUCUUUGAUCCAGAUCAGCGUUUAACUUAUCACCAUUCAUUACAUACUUUACAAAUUUUUUAUUCUAUGCUUCUAAGUGGAGAUUUUCCGAAUAUAAUAACAGAGGAAUCGAAAAAUUACGUUAUAUCAGAGUUAACUUCUAAAUAUUCUCAAAGAAUUUUUGAAAUAAUCGAUAUUGGUUUAAAUGACAAUGGAAGACAUCGAUUUCAAGCAAUAGAAUACUCAAUUAAGCUUAUAAAGAUACUAAGACAAUACAUUACAGUACCAAAUCUUAUGGAUUUUGCUUAUUAUGACCAAAUUGUUACAAAUUAUUUCAAAGAAUCGAAUAAUUCUAAUCUAGGAACAAUUAUGAUGUACUUUCCAGUUUGUUUUGAUAAAAUUUUGAUUCCAAAAUACGCAUUUGAUUUAAUUCCAGAAAUAAUCGGGAGAAUCAAUGCAUCAGACUAUAUAAAUUCUGAUGAAUUCGAUUGUAAUGACUUUGUUGAAUUUAUUUCUUGUCUUCUCGUUGAUCAUUUCGAAAAUUUCGAAAAUCAAAAUUCUUUUCCAUUAAUUGAAGAGAUUUUGAGACUUUUAGACAUGAUGUGGUCACCAAACAAAAUAUCAUACAAAGAACAGUACGUUUUAUUCUGGAUUAACUUGUUUUCAAAAGCAAAUUUUUUGAAAUCUUCAAAUACAAAUUUUGAGGCUUUUUUUAAUGUUUAUUUGAACCACAUGCAUGAUGUGAUGCAAAAGAUCAUUCCUUCUUUCUUCCCUGUUCGUGAAUUUCGUGAAAGUUUUGAUGAUCGAGAAAAUCUUUUUAAAAAUAUCGAAAAACUGUUUCAGUUGAUUGUUUCUGUUGAUGACAGAAUAAUAUUUAGACAAAUUGAUGAUUUUUUGGCUGCAAUUUCGAUUGGAUACGAAUAUUCUAUUUAUAUUCCUUUGAUUUUCACUUUAGUGGCUAUCAAAGAUUAUGUUCUUGCGAAUUUGGAUCAUGUUGAUCUUCUUUUUGAAACAAAAAAAUGUUUUGAAAAAUUAAUUAACAAAAAAGUGACAAAUCAAAGUAUUUUGUAUGAGAAACUGUUUUAUUUUAGCUCGUUCUAUCAAGCUUAUUACAAAUACUUUAUAGAAUUCAAAGAUUUUUCUUUAAUUUUUAUUCAAAAAUUGAAAUUACAAAAUUUUGCAUUACAAUACCAAAUAAUGAAUACAUUGAUAGAGAUCAACAAAGAAAAUGACAUUUCUCCUCUUUUGGAAUUGAUUUUGAAGGAAUUUAAUUUUUAUUACAAUUCUUUACUGAAUAAUGACUUGAAAAUGAAAUUAAUAGGUGCUGUUUGCCAGAUAUAUAAAGAUAAUGAUCCAUUUAUGUUACUUCCUUCAAUUUAUCAUAAAAAUUUUGAUAAAAUUUCAAAAUUAGAAUUAGAUAAUGCAGAAAAUGCAGAGAAAAUCAUUGAAUCGCUAUUUAUGUUAGAGAAUCUCAUUGUUUUCUCACAAGGAACUAUUUCAGAAGUUGAUUUUUCUGAAAUUGAAUUUUUAUUUAAUAUUUGUAACAAAACAUUCGAAAUUAUUGAUGAAAACAAGUUUAGUAUAACAGCAAUCGACCAAAUGAAGCAAAUUCAGAAGCAUAUUUUCACAAUUUUGUCAUUUUUGUCAAAUUUACCUUUAAUCAACAAAAUUUUGUUUGAAUUACCAGUAAUUGUUGAGAAAUAUUUAAUUUUACCACCAGAAUUCCGUGAAUUUUCUAUAAUUGGCUUAAUUACAUCAAUUAUUCGAAAUGAAAUGAAAAAUGGAACAGAUAACGCAGCAAAAUUAGUUGAGAAGUUGUUUAUUUCUUAUUGUACAGAGAUGAUUCCGUUCCCUGAUAAUUAUUUUGAUGAAAUUUUGAAUUUCUUUGAUGCAAUAUCGGAAUUACGCCUUGAUUUACUUAUAAAUUCUAAAUACAUUGAUGCCAUAUUCGAUGUAUUGCAUCGCAUCAUUAAUAAUCCAAAAUCAAAAUUCAAAAUUCAAAUUUUAAUUAUUUUACAAAAAAUUUUGGAACAAAUUGAUUUAUCAACAAUUAAUCUAUUAGAAAUAUUGAAAAUGCUGUUCUCUAAGAUUCUUAAUUGCUUUGAAACUGAAUUAUUUAGACAAUUAUGUUUUGUUUUUGAUACUUUGUUAAGGAGACUGUUAAGAGAUGAACAAAUGGAAUGUUUAACUGAAAUGUUUACUUUUUAUGGUUUCGAAAAUUUAGAUUUAAUUUCUGAAAUUUUAGAAAACUUAACAAAUACUGACGCUUUUCUUGAUUUGAUGGCUGAUGUACCAAAACACUAUUCUUUGUUUUUGUAUGCUUAUGUAAACUAA